AUGAGCCAUCAAUCGUCCCAAUAUGGCGGCCAAGGCAAUCAAUUCUUGGUCGACAGACGACGAGACUUCAUUGAGGAGAACGAUAUUGUUGGGGCUAGCCCUGUCGGUAACACGCAGGCCAAGCGAAUUGCCUUUAUGAGUGGCAACGACGACUUCCGAGCUGCCAGAUUGCGAUGCGCCCUUGCUUGUCAGGAGUACAACAAGCUAUCCGAGGACGUGUCCAUCGAGGAUCGUGUCAAGGGAUGGAUGUGCAUUGUCGACCCUGACAGCAAGACCAAGGGAGAUAGCGAGACCACUCCCGCUGUGGACUUUUCGGCCAUCUUCAAGCACACCACCAAACAACAGUCCCCUGACGCUACGGCGGCGCAUACCCCGCCAGUCACUCCCGUCUCAAAUAGCCCACGGCCUCGCCCAACAAUCCCCUACGUCAAGCAGCCCGUCUACAUGGACUACGGCCUGCGCGUGCAGAUCGCGCCCACGACCUUCAUCAACCGCAACUGCACCAUCCUCGACACCCCGGUCGCCGACAUCGUCAUCGGCGAGCAGUGCUCCCUCGGCCCGGGCGUGACCAUCAUCAGCGUCGGCCACCCGGUCGCGUUCGAGGAGCGGUGCGAGCCCGAGACGGGCAAGCCGGGCAGCUGGGGCGCGAAAGUCGUGAUCGGCGACGGCGUGUGGGUCGGCGCUGGCGUGACGAUUCUCCCUGGAGUCACCAUCGGCCCUUACUCGACCGUCGGCGCCGGCAGCGUUGUCACCAAGGAUAUUCCUCCCCGCUGUGUUGCUAUGGGCAACCCGGCCACGGUGCGGUACUGCAUUGACAGCGAGACGGCGCGCGAGACUGUCGCGAUCGAGGAGACGGCGCAGACGCUAGAGGAUGCGCUCAAGGUGGGACGGGAGGACAAGGAGGGUCAGAAGUGCAAGAUGGCCAAUUAG